AUGCUUUUCAUUCUCUGUGUCUACCUUUUUGGAGGCCUCACUUUUCUGCCCGGCUUGAUAUACCUUUUGUGGAGGUAUGCUGGAGACAUUGAUGGUGAUACAACCCCCGAUGGUGACCCGGAUUUCGAGGCGGAGGAGAAGUACGAAACCGAACCGCUAAUUCCUACCAAUGUGACCGAGAAACCCGUCUUCUCGGGCUGGGUAACCGUUACUAAGGAGUACUUUGAGUACCCUUCAGGCGACGUGCCAGACAAGAAGGACAAUCCCUCAGCCUACACAUCGCUCUACAAGCUGGCCAAUGGAAACGGCGACGCCAGCAACACAAACAUAAACGACAGCGCCUCAAAGGACGCAAAUCCGGCAAUCCAGGCAGCCAACACAGCCACCGCCAACACAACCACCACAAAACCAAAGCCAGUCAAGUCUCGAUACUAUGCUGAGCUCAAGCUCGGCAACCUGUUUCUGUACAAGUCCGAGGAGCGCGAUCUGCAACACGCCAUUGUUCUCAACAAGUACAAGGUCCAGUUGUAUCCAGAGCUGCCCGACGCCAACUUGCUGGCCAAGCGGGUGGCGGUCUGUCUGACACACAUCAAAAAGGAUCUCACAUACUACAUCUUUCUGGAAAACUGCUCGCUCAAGGAAGAUCUUUACUUCCGAAUCGUCGAGCUCACGUGCCAGAACUCGCCGAAGGGCAAGGCUCUCAUGUUUGACCAUCACGACAUGAUUAACAUUAUUCAAAAAUUGCACUCCUCGGACGAAAACUUGCAGACGGCCUGGUUCAAUGCCAUCACUGCCCGAAUGUUCAUGGCGGCAUACCAGACAGAUGCGUUCCGGGGUUAUUUCGAAGAAAAAAUAGUCAAGAAGCUCGCUCGAGUAAAAAGACCAGCAUUCUUGAGUGAGAUCCAAGUCACUAAGAUCAACGUGGGUACCUCUAUUCCUUUCCUAACGACACCUAAACUUAGAGAGCUCAAGCCCGACGGAACACUUGUUGUGGCUGCUCAUCUGUCGUACAACGGAGGAUAUACAAUUGAGAUUUCAACCAAGGCCACCUUCAACUUUGGCCAGAAGCUCAUCAACAUCAAGCCUCGACCUGUGACACUGGUGCUUCGUCUGACUCUUUCGAAGAUGGAGGGCAUUGUUGUAUUCCAGGUCAAGCCUCCUCCUUCCACUCGAAUCUGGUGGGGCUUUGAGUCCAUGCCUGAGAUGAGUCUCAAGGUCGAGCCUGUCGUUUCUGCGCGACAAAUCACCUACUCCAUGGUCACCAACGUAAUUGAGUCUAAGAUCCGCGAGAUUGUCAAGGAAAGCAUUGUUUUGCCGUUCACAGAAGACAUCAACUUCUUCCCUUCGCAACCUGGCAAUCCUUAUAGAGGAGGACUUUGGGAAGAUCAUCUGGGCAAGGAGGAGGAAAUGGAGAACAAGGAGGAGGACCUGACAGAUGAGAAGAUCGGUGAUCAUGAUGACGAAUCUCUUCUGUCUGAAACUCCUCCCCCUUCCAUCCAUGCUGGAAUGCGACAUAGAACGUUCCGAGCGUCCCCUGAAGAUGAUGAAGCAGUAAGCGAUAGUGCAGCGACCACCUCUGCCAUUGGAACGACUCUUGCUUCUGCUGCUGCCUCUACAUCGUCUCUGGCUCAUCCCACAACUUCUGACAAUGAUUCCAUCAAGUCUAACAACACCGCCACCACCAACUUCAUGGGCACCAUGAAGAAGUGGGGCGCUUGGUACACAGAGAAGAAGGCCGAGGCUACCAAAAAGGCCAAGCCUGCUGGAGGUUUUGCGUCUGUCAACAGAUCAGCGACCGCGCCCAAUCUCACAGCCGACGCCACAGUCUCUCUUUCUCCUGCUGCUGCCAUCACCCACAGAAAGCCUUCUGAGAAGAAGGCUCCCCAACCUCAUCAUUUCCCUCCUGAAAUGAUUGAUCUCAUCAACGAGCAAGAACGCAAGAGAAAGCUGUCCAACCCUGACCAACCAAUCGGCAUGGAAAUGCCGGCAUCGCCUACUUUGCCUGGAUCCCCUCCUGCCCUGCCUCCCAGAUCAAACACUGCCUCUGUCGAUACUGACAAGAACCAAUUUGUGAAACGCAAGCCUGUUCGAGCUGCCACUUCUGUGUCUCCCACCCUGCAGAGCAGUCCCACCAUGCCUGUUGCUGUCCCGACCCGUGAGUCCGGCGUGUCGCCCAAGCUGUCACGUGACCCCAUUGGUCUUGGUGUGUCACGUGAGUCCGGCUUGUCGCCCUCUUUCGGCGCGUCGCCCAAUCUGGCUCCCUCCCCGAAGAUUGGCUCUUCGCGUGAGUCUGGAGUAGCUCCCAAGAUGAGCUCGUCGCAUGACUCCCCCCUCGCUCGUGAGUCCGGCGUUGCUCCCAAGACGUCACGCGAUGCACACAAGCGGAGUACGUCUCACGACUCUGCUCAGUCGGCUGCCAAACUAGCUACUUCGGUAUCUCGAGACUCUCUGUCUUCGAUGAGUUCAUUUCGAGACGAGAACAAAGUGUCUGUCGUCUCUCUCCCUGUGGAAGAAGGAUCGCCUCCCAAGGAAGCGCUUGUAUUCCAUUCUCACAAGGCCUCGCCUCUAUCUGCUGUCCAAACUCCUCCCGCAUCAGAUCCUCCUGUGGUUAGUAAGGUGCCCCGGAAGCCCGUAGGUGCUGAUAAGAAGGAUGUGAAUGAGAGCAAUGAAGUCAAGGCUGUCAAGGAGGUGAAGGGUGUCACUGAUCCCAAGCCUGUAAAGGCGGCCAAGGAAACUGCCAAGGAGAUUGCUAAGGAGGUCGCACCUACCAAGGAGGUUAUUAGAAAGCCUGUUGGGGAUGCACCCAAUGCCAAUGUUGCCAAAGGGCCCGAAGAAGAGACAUUUCCCUUGGAGCUAUGA